AUGCGCCUGAUUACCGCCGUCACGGCGGCUAUGCUGGUCAGCUCCAGCACCGGCCUCACCCUCGACGUCCCGACGGCUACGCACGUUGUCACGGUCGACAUACUGCCGCACCCACCGCAGAUCACCGCCGCCCUGGAGCAACGCGACGGAUUCAACAAGACCUGCGCGCAUUCCGUCUACAGCAAGGCCUUUAGUAGGUCCGUCAGAAACGAGGAGCUGAGCUCUUCUCUCCGCUCCUCCUUGUCUCUCAGCGGUGCCUCUCCUCACCCCUGGCAAGGCAACCUCUGCACAGUCACGCUUGCGUCGAGCCUGUCCUCCGACUACAUCUCCUAUCUCAGCCAAGCCAAGAGCAAGUAUACAAGCGCGACGGAAUAUCUCAGAAGUGUGCACACGGAUUGCGGUGGCCCCGUCUUCCAGGUCAGCGUCAGGCCCCUCUGCACCAAGAAAUCCCUGACGGCCGUCUUCACUGGCUCGGGGUCCCCGAAAACGACUACACUACCCGCUGUGCCCCCAAACAACGGAGUCAGUAUUGAUGUCAACACGGGCAACGUUAGCACGAUCAAUCUCGCUGCAAAUGAUGAGGACUCCGAGGCACCACAGCGGGGUACCGCUCUCGGCGCUGUUGUUGCAAUGGCAGUCGUUGCCGGCGCCGCUCUCAUGCCAUGA